AUCUCUCUGCAGUGGAGAGAAACGACAAGGUAGGCUGUCACUCUGCAAAAGCUGCUCAGAGCAGGCUUUCCUCUGAAAAAGCAGAGCCGUUCCUUCCUUUUCAGAAAGACUGGAUCUAAAAGCUGCCUCUGGAGACAAGAAGCCUUCAGUAUGCUAAAUUACUUUCAUUACGUAUUUUCAAAUGCUUAUUGACUCCACAGUAGGAAGAGUGAGAGACUGCAGCCGCGAAGCAGCACUACACGGUCCAUACGUUAGCAGGACUGCUCAAACAAUGGCACAGUACAGACACAUUUUCAUUAAGGUCAUUUUGAAGAGAUUUUUAUGAGCCUCUUCCCUGAGCCCUCUACUAACAAAUGAACAAAAUGAAACAAUCAAAAUUGGAAAUGCUUCAGCUACAUCAAGAACUGGUCAAAUCUUUAACAGAGGGCCCACAACUAACUCAAUAUAGACAACUGACGAUAUGAAGAACGCAACUGCCUAAGAAGCUCCCUAGCUCUCUGAAUCACAAACUGCUAGAUAUCCUUGUAAUGCAUGACUUUAAGAAACUAAGGAGUUAAAGCCUUGGAUUAGCUCUGCUGGAACGUAACAAGCUGACAGCAUCCCAAGAAGAUGCUACAUAGAAUAAGCACAAAAAGAAAAAAUAGAGCUGUAAAAAGCCUGCAGAUCAUCGGGUGAGCAUUUUUAAAGAAAGAUCUAACACUUUAACACGGCAGAGUUAUGGACACGAUUGAUUCUAUAAGAAACAGUGAAGCAAAAACUUGGAAAAUGGCAUGAUAGACCAGCAAGCAAAAUGAAGCAUUAGCAGACAUUUUCUGUACUAUUCAGAUAUUCAUAUCAAUUGAUAUGACUAAUAAGUUUUCCAUCUGAGCUUUAUGACCAAUUAUGUAUCUUCUUCUAAUGAGAACAAACCAAAUUAAAUAGCAGAUGGUUUUUAUCAAAAGAGCAUGCACUGGAUUUAUAAUAUAAAGCAAAUUAUGUGAUCAAGAAAUCAUUUCAAAAUAAUGAGAACUGCUGCAGAAACAGACUGCAAACAAAUGGAUAUCUAAAUGCAUUUUAGAAGCUAGAGACAUUAUGUUUCUUUUUUCUGUUUUCACAUAUUCUGGAAAACAAGGAGACACAAUCUUACAUUCAUUCAAAAAGGAAGUACAAUUUCUAUCAUUUGAUGAAGUUUCAUUUACCCAUGUCUUUCUGAGGGGGAAAAAAACCACGAAAAUUAUGUGCUGUUCUUCAGAAACCCAUCAGCCAACUAAAUUCCACAAUUUGUACAGCUAAAGUACUCAAAUAGCAAAAGAAUGAGUUCCUACAAGACAUGAAAUAAAACACAACUACUUCACUGUUGUCAGGAAAAAAAUUCGUGUCAAAACUGUCAAUGACAUCAUGUAUCAGUUUGUGGAAAACUACCAUGGUGAGCCAAAAGGCCCGUAAGAGGCCACAGCAAGCAGGGGAAACACCAACUGCUCCAAAAGAAUGUGUUUUUCUCCUGCUGUGGAAAUCAACAUGCAGUCUGAUUCAAACAUUACAGUGCGAGAUGACAUGGAUGACAUCGACACCAACAUGUACCAACCACUAUCAUACCCAUUAAGCUUUCAAGUAUCUCUCACUGGAUUUCUCAUGUUAGAAAUUGUGUUGGGACUUGGCAGCAACCUUACUGUAUUGGUACUUUACUGUAUGAAAUCCAACUUAAUCAACUCUGUCAGUAACAUUAUUACAAUGAAUCUCCAUGUACUUGAUGUAAUAAUUUGUGUGGGAUGCAUUCCUCUAACUAUAGUGAUCCUUCUGCUCUCACUGGAGAGUAACACUGCACUCAUCUGCUGUUUCCAUGAAGCUUGUGUUUCCUUUGCAAGUGUUUCGACAGCAAUCAAUGUUUUUGCUAUCACUCUGGACAGAUAUGACAUCUCUGUAAAACCUGCAAACAGAAUUCUGACAAUGGGCAGAGCCGUAAUGCUAAUGACAUCCAUUUGGAUUUUUUCUUUCUUCUCAUUCCUGAUUCCCUUCAUUGAAGUAAAUUUCUUUAGUCUUCAAAGUGGAAAUCCAUGGGAAAACAAGACAUUGUUGUGUGUCAGUACAAGUGAGUACUACACUGAGCUGGGGAUGUAUUACCAUCUUCUAGUUCAGAUCCCCAUUUUCUUCUUCACGGUUAUAGUGAUGUUGAUCACAUACACCAAGAUACUUCAGGCUCUUAACAUCCGGAUAGGCACCAGAUUCUCAACAGGGCAGAAGAAGAAAGCUCGGAAGAAAAAGACAAUCUCUCUAACCACACAUGAGACCACAGACAUGUCACACAGCAGUGGUGGGAGAAACGUCGUCUUUGGUGUGAGAACUUCAGUUUCUGUAAUAAUAGCCCUCCGGCGUGCUGUGAAACGCCACCGGGAACGACGAGAAAGGCAGAAAAGAGUCUUCAGAAUGUCGUUAUUGAUUAUUUCUACAUUUCUUCUCUGUUGGACACCAAUUUCUGUUUUAAAUACCACCAUUUUGUGUUUAGGCCCAAGUGACCUUUUAGUAAAAUUAAGAUUGUGUUUUCUAGUCAUGGCUUAUGGAACGACUAUAUUCCACCCUCUCUUGUAUGCAUUCACCAGACAAAAAUUUCAAAAGGUCUUAAAAAGCAAAAUGAAAAAACGAGUUGUUUCCAUAGUUGAAGCUGAUCCCAUGCCUAAUAAUGCUGUAAUACACAACUCAUGGAUAGAUCCUAAAAGAAACAAAAAGGUUACCUAUGAAGACAGUGAAAUAAGAGAGAAAUGUUUAGUACCUCAGGUUGUUACAGACUAGGGAGAAGUCUAAGUUUCACCAAAUCUACAUUCAGAAGAGUUUUAAAUUUAAAUUGUAAAAACUGAUUACUGCCAAAUGUAAGAGAAAAACAUUAUCAGUACUGGUUAUGUUGUAAAUUUUUAAUGUGAAUGUCAAUUAGAUUAGGUCAUAUAUACUCAAUUUCCUCAUUAUUAAUGUAUUUGUUGCAUGGCAGUUUGUUAAAAGUAAUCCAUGUGUAUAUUCUGUCAAUAUUAUGUCCAUCAGAAGACACUCAUGUAAGUCAUAUUUUCUAAAGAAUAAAUACAUAGCCUUAAAACAGUGUAUAACUUUAAAAUGUAACGGACAUAGGUAUCUACGUUUUUUAAGACAAUGUACGAAGUCUAUUAUUUCUAAACCACGAACUAGAUAUAUUUAUACGAGAAGUUGCAUAAUAUUUAACACAAAAAUUAUAGUCUCAAAACAAUCAAAGCAAGAUUUUCUGUACCACUAUGCUAUAUUUCUGGUAUGAUGAACUUGUUAUAAUGUUUUAACAACAAAAUAAUGAACUAUAUAUAAACCUUAUUCUUUGUUAUAUAUAGCCCUUAUGUGGGAAACCACAGACUAUAUUAGCAUUUUAAAACCAUGAACCAAGAAUAAAUAAACCCUGUAUAUGGACACAAAAUUAGGGAUACUUCAAAUUCAAGCUUAUUAUAUAAAAAGAUUGAACUCUGUUACAAGGGUAAUAUGCCUGAAAUACAAAUGAACCAACAAUAAAGGGAGGGAAGAAAGCUACCUAACACCAGCCCUGUCCCUUCGUCCUCAUUUUGCCUGAAUCUAUGCCAAAUGUUCUAAGUUCAAAGAAAAUACUAGUUUUAAAAAAACUGCAAUAAAAUAAUUUUUCAUUUUUAAUUUAAUAGCAAUUCUACCAUUUAAUAAGAGAAGUUAACCACAUAAAUCAGAAGGCUGGGCAGAAGAAAGGGGAUCUCUUCUGUCCUUGUAGAAAAGGCUAACAAAGGCAGCUGUUUCUACUUUUAAAUCCAUUGCAACUUACAUGUGCUAGAAUUUACAUAACGUUCCUACUCAGCCUUCAAAAUACAGCAGCUCUGUUUCCACUCUCCAGGUGAUUAAAGCAACAGUAAAUUGUGUCACAUUUCUAUUCCACCACCAUGUAACUUAAGCAUUUUUCUCUCAAAUCCUCAAUUCAUGUUAGAAAAUUAUAAUUACAGAUUGUAAGGAUUAUGAAUACUUUCAUAGCAAACAAGAAUUUCUCACUUGCUAUAAUAAUCUGGCAAUAUGUAGCAAUAACAAAAACUUGGCAACAACUUAUUUAAAAUAGGUAAGUACCUGCUAUCUAUAUUACAACUGGUUAGCUUAAGAAUAAUUAUUCCCUAUUUUAAAUACUAUAUUCAAUAAAUGAAGUAACAUUUUAAAAUUUAAAACCUCAUGUUAAACAACUCAGUAUCUAUCACUUUUAGACAAAUAAAUGAGAUUCAUUUAAUCAACUUUACUGACUAGCUUAAUCCCUGGGGAAACGAGCAUGAUACAGGAGCUUGAAGUCACUAAGGUUUCUGGCAAACUAAACUGAUUUAUUUCUGAUAAUAAUGCUAGUGUAUCAAAAGUUAGCAAAGGCCUGCUUUCCUCCUGCUUUAUGAAAUUAAAGAAAUGCUGCAGUUUAACAAAAUGUAGCAUAAUCAAGUAAAAUUAAUUUUUUGAAACCCUAAAAUUAAGACUUAAUGGUGUUAAAAAAAUUCACUCAAUAAAUGCAUUUGGCCUACAAUAUCUCCUAACACCUUAACUAAAACUUUUAAUGCAUUUUGUACUUGGACAUCUAAGCAUAAGUUAAAAUAUUAGCACUCAGAUUUAUAAUCUUAAUUUUAAAAACUAGACUACUUUUAUAGAGUUCAUGUUAAGAAAUACCUCCACCGUGUUUUCACUACUUUUAUCAUGAGGUUUAAUAAGCACUCCAAUGAAUUUAGUAUAAAAGUAAGUUUCUACCAUGUUGGCCUAAUAGUUUUUAUGCAUUCUGAUCUUCUGUACCAGGAAAAAAAUAAAUAGUAAAUAUUAUAACUUUGCCCUGUAA